CUGAGGUUGGUGUAGGGUUCUAUUUGGGCCGCACUUGGGACGUAUACUGCUCGGGGGGCUUUGUGUCCGUUUGCGCUUUGCUUUGUGUCCGUUGCUUUGUUCCGUGGUGCUCCUAUCGGGCGGGAGCCGGGAGGCUUGGAGACGGCAUCGCGGCCCCGGGGGAGGAGAGCGCGCCGGCGUGAGCGGCGGGUGUGAAGGCUGCAGGGAAGGGGCUUCGCCGCGGAGAUGCCAGAGUUCCUAGAAGACCCCUCGGUGCUGACGAAAGAGAAGUUGAAGAGUGAGUUGAUCGCCAACAAUGUGACGCUCCCGCCCGGCGAGCAGCGCAAAGACGUGUACGUGCAGCUCUAUCUGCAGCACCUCACGGCGCGUAACCGGCCGCCACUCGCCGCCAGCGCCAACAGCAAGGGGCCCCCUGACUUCUCCAGCGACGAGGAGCGCGAGCCCACCCCGGUUUUCGGUUCCGGAGUUGUCGCCGCAGGCCGGAGCCGCGUUUCCGUCGGCCGGAAAGCCACAAAGAAAACAGAUAAACCCAGACUAGAAGAUAAAGAUGAUCUAGAUGUAACAGAGCUUACCAAUGAUGAUCUUCUGGAUCAGCUUCUCAAAUAUGGAGUGAAUCCUGGUCCUAUUGUGGGGACCACCAGGAAGCUAUAUGAGAAGAAGCUGCUGAAACUGAGGGAACAUGGAACAGAAUCAAGGUCAUCUACACCUCUGCCAACAGUUUCUUCUUCAGCAGAAAAUACAAGGCAGAAUGGAAGUAAUGAUUCUGACAGAUACAGUGACAAUGAAGAAGACUCUAAAAUAGAGCUCAAGCUUGAGAAGAGAGAACCAUUAAAGGGCAGAGCAAAGACUCCAAUAACACUCAAGCAAAGAAGAGUUGAGCACAAUCAGAGCUAUUCUCAAGCUGGAAUAACUGAGACUGAAUGGACAAGUGGAUCUUCAAAAAGCGGACCUCUUCAGGCAUUAACUAGGGAAUCUACAAGAGGGUCGAGAAGAACUCCAAGGAAAAGGGUGGAAACUUCAGAACAUUUUCGUAUAGAUGGUGCAGUAAUUUCAGAAAGUACUCCCAUAGCUGAAACUAUAAUGGCUUCAAGCAACGAAACCUUAGUUGUCAAUAGGGUGACUGGAAAUUUCAAGCAUGCAGCUCCCAUUCUGCCAAACACUGAAUUCUCAGACAUACCCAGAAGAACACCAAAGAAACCCUUGACAAGAGCUGAAAUGGGAGAAAAAAUGGAGGAAAGAAGAAUAGAAAGGGAUAUUCUUAAGGAAAUGUUUCCCUUUGAAGCAUCUACACCAACAGGAAUUAGUGCUAGUUGCCGCAGACCAAUCAAAGGGGCUGCAGGCCGGCCGUUAGAACUCAGUGAUUUCAGGAUGGAGGAAUCUUUUUCAUCUAAAUAUGUCCCUAAGUAUGUUCCCUUGGCAGAUGUCAAGUCAGAAAAGACAAAAAAGGGACGCUACAUUCCCGUGUGGAUAAAAAUUUUGCUGUUUGUUGUUGUGGCAGUUUUUUUGUUUCUGGUCUAUCAAGCUAUGGAAACCAAUCAAGGAAACCCCUUCUCUGGUUUCCUCCUUAACUCCACGAAAUCCAAGUGAAUGAUAUCUCUUUGGCAAACUCAACUUGGUCUCCUAUUUUUAAUAACUAUAUAAAUGAUAUUUGUGUACACUCAACUCAAGAACUAAAAAUAAUGUUGAUUUCACCUUGAUAAAUGUAGUGUUCCAUUGAAAAGCAAACAAGAUAUAUAAAUGGACUUCAUUGAAAUGUUUUGGACUUUGGACUAGUAGGAGAUCAUUUUGUGCCAUACAAAUAAUCUUUUUUAGCUCUGGAACUUUUUUGUAGGCUUUAUUUUUUUAAUGUGGACAUCUUAUUUCGUUUUUUGAGAAAAAUGUAUAUUGUCUUUGUUUUUGGGAAAUAAGAAGGGCAAAAUGUGGUAUAAUGUGAAGCUACACAUUUAAAUGCUUUGAAUUCUUACAGAAAAGAUUUUAACAUUCAUUCUCUGCUGAAUAAAAACUUCAGAUACAUGUGAAACAGUGAAAUUCAGUAAGAGGAAAGUAACUUGGGUUGCAUGUUUUUGUAUCUGCAACAAAGUGUGAUGGUGUUGAUGGGGGAAAGUACAGCAAUAAUCUCUUCUGUAACUCUUAUUAAUAGUAAUGGUAUUGAAGCCCUAUUGUACUUUUUAAAAGAUUUCUAGUAUCAUGAAAGUCCUAAAAACUCAUUUCAAUAUAGUUGAUUUUUAGCAGGGAUCUUUUAGUGCAACAUACAAGUUUUGGAAAACUAUUAGUUAGCUAUACAUGUUUUAUAAAAACUGUUCCGCUAGCUAUAAGGCCAUGAUUGGAAAUGUCUACUCUUCAUUUACAGCAAAACACUUAAUCUGUUCAUCUAAUUUGCUACCAAAAUAUUUUUAGAUAAAUGUGUGUGUGUUUGUUUAGAAGUUACUUUAAACGCUGGUCUUAUGUUCCAUUUGGGUUUAUUAUUAUUGCUUUAUCUUCUGUUACCAAAAACCAAUUUUGCCAAGUUUUUGCCCUAUAUCUCCCAAUGUAGUUUGAUU